AACGAAUUUCGGCUACCUUUUGACUGUGGUGCCGCGUAGGGUUCUGGGCCUUCGUUGUAGAAGUUGCAGCAGUCAUGGCGGCGACGAGAGUUCUCUCGCAGAGGGAGCAGGACAUCCAGAUGAUGCUGGCGGCGGACGUCCACCUUGGAACCAAAAAUUGCGACUUCCAGAUGGAGCGAUACGUCUACAAGAGACGACCUGAUGGUAUUUUCAUAAUCAAUCUUGGGAAAACUUGGGAAAAGCUUCAGCUUGCAGCUAGAGUGAUUGUGGCAAUUGAGAAUCCCCAAGAUAUCAUUGUUCAGUCUGCCAGGCCUUAUGGUCAGAGAGCUGUGCUGAAAUUUGCCCAAUAUACCAGCGCCCAUCCUAUUGCUGGGAGGCACACUCCUGGAACAUUUACCAAUCAACUUCAGACAUCCUUCAGCGAACCUCGUUUGCUCAUUCUCACGGAUCCAAGGACAGACCAUCAGCCAAUCAAGGAAUCGGCUCUCGGUAACAUUCCUACUAUUGCCUUUUGCGACACCGAUUCACCAAUGAGAUAUGUUGACAUUGGUAUUCCUGCUAAUAACAAGGGAAAACUAAGCAUUGGUUGCCUCUACUGGUUGUUGGCAAGGAUGGUUCUGCAAAUGCGUGGGACCAUUGCCCCUGGGCGUAAGUGGGAAGUAAUGGUAGAUCUGUUUUUCUACAGAGACCCUGAGGAGGCCAAGGAACAGGAAGAAACUGAAGCUCCUGUGGCACCUGAAUUUGGUGCCGUACCUGAAUACACUGGAAUGGUGCCUACCGAUAACUGGACUACCCAGCAAUGGACGUCUGAUAUUCCAGCUACUACUGCCAUUCCUGCAGUGACUGGUGCCGACUGGACUGCUGACCAAGGUGUUGUUGCCGAUGGAUGGGAUAUGGCAGCAGCCCCACCCCCAGCUGCUGAAAUUCCCGCAGUAGCUGCUCCCACAGGAUGGGAUCCUGCUGUCGAUACUGCUCACAUUGCACCCUCAGGAUGGGAUUGAGUGCCUCAGUAAAAGCCUUCUGUUUAGCUCUUGGAGAGGCAACUAUAUCUUUUGAUGUCGAGGAAAAAGAAAUCACUAAAAGACUUAUCUUAGUUUCCUAUUUAUUCAAAUCCUGUACGUACCACUCGCUUUUAGGCUAAGUUUGCGUUUUGCGUGCUAUACUCUGCCAUGUGUUUUUGAAAUGUUAGUAAACUUUGGAUUGGGUAUCUGUUGGAAGUUGCUAGCGUUUUUCAAGGUGUUACCAAACAUUUGAGUUGAAUGAGGUAUAUAGUUACAAGCACGCACAACAAUACAGUUCGUGUGACUAA